AUGUCGGCCGAAUCAGCCUCUGUCAUCCAAAGGAAUCAGGUUGAUCUACUGGACUUUGUGAACUGGUCGGGCGUGGAAUGUUUAAAUCAAAAUAGCAGUCACUCUCUUCCGAAUGCUCUCAAACAGGAUUAUAGAGAAGACGAGGAGUUGAAUUUGGAGAGCGACGCUGAUGAGCAGCUGUUGAUUUACAUUCCUUUUACUCAAGUUAUUAAACUGCACUCUAUUGUCAUUAAAGGGCCUGAGGAGGAAGGUCCUAAAACUGUGAAACUUUUUGCUAACAAGGAGCAUAUGGGAUUCAGCAAUGUUAAUGACUACCCUCCUAGUGACAUUGCUGUUUUGUCUGAGGAUAAUCUCAAGGGAAAACCAGUUAUCUUGAAGUAUGUUAAGUUUCAAAAUGUUCGCAGUUUAACAAUUUUCAUAGAGGAUAAUCAAUCUGGUUCUGACAUUACUAAAGUUCAAAAGAUUGUUCUCUGUGGAACAACGGUGGAAACUACGGACAUGAAAGGUUUGAAAAAGAUCGAGGAUCACUAA